AUGGCGAAGAACCUUAACUCGAGCACCUUCACCGUUCUCUUGAUUGUCCUCUUGAUGGCUUCAACCGAAUUCCUCAAAAUUGAGGCUAUGAACAUCAGGGCUAGAUGCCUUCCAAAGGGAUGCAAAAAUCCUACAUUUUCCGAGGAGUGUGGCGUGGAGCCAUUCCCAAGUUCAAAUAAUGAUUGCUGUCACUGUUGCGUAGCCAAAUAUGGGAGGAAGGCAGUCUGUAAAGGAGUAGUUGAGGGACCAGACAAACACUGUCAUUGCUACAAAGAAAGUGUUUGA